CUGGCUGGGCCUCUGCAGACACCUGCCGGACCCUGGGGAGCUCACGGUCACGCCUGGACAGGUGGCCGGCCCCUCCUCUCUGGGACCAGGAAGUGGCAGCGGGUGGCAGGGGGGCAGUGGGCGGGCCACCGGGCAGAGCUGGCUGGAGCCCGACCAGGAUGGGCCGCCUCUGGAGCCUGGCUCUGGCCCUUCUCUGCUUCUGCUGGGGGUCUGGGGCCCCCCCCAGCUCUGUAGGCCCCAGGACACACCCACGAGGCCCCCAGGUGACUGGACAGGACCCGGAUCCACAGACUCAGCCUCCAGGGCUCAAAUCCAGCUCAGAGCGGGGCAUCCACACCACCAUCCCGGCCGCAGAGAGAGGCGUCCACACCGCCACCCAGGCCGAGGCCUGUCCAUCGGGACUCUUGCUGCCAGGAUGGGCACCUGUGGGCUCCCAGGCCAAAGUGGGAGCCAGGGCGGCCAAACUCCUCCCCGGAACAGAGGCGACUCCAGGAGCACCUGCUGGGGUCACCACCACAGGGACGGUCACUGGCUGGGGACUCUGGGUCACGGCCUCUGCCAGCCUGUGGGCCGGGGACAGCUCUGUGGAGGUGUUGGGGAUCUCUGUGGUCCACGUGUCUGCAGGAGCCGAGGGGGAGGCCUCUGAGGACAGUGCUCCCCGCUCUGGGGACAGUGCUCCCCCCUCUGGGGUCAGUGCUCCCCCCUCUGGGGUCAGUGCUUCCCCCUCUGAGGACGGUGUUUCCCCCUCUGGGGUCAGUGCUCCCCCCUCUGGGGUCAGUGCUUCCCCUUCUGAGGAAAGUGCUCCCCCCUCUGAGGACAGUGCUCCCCCCUCUGGGGUCAGUGCUCCCCCCUCUGGGGUCAGUGCUUCCCCCUCUGAGGACGGUGUUUCCCCCUCUGGGGUCAGUGCUCCCCCCUCUGGGGUCAGUGCUUCCCCCUCUGAGGACGGUGCUCCCCCCUCUGGGGUCAGUGCUCCCCCCUCUGGGGUCGGUGUUCGCCCCUCUGGGUUCUGUGCUCCCCGCUCCAGCUCAGCCGCAGCCCUGCCUGGAGGAGGGGGGGAAGGAGGGGGUCCUCCUGCCCCUGAGAGCCCAGUACCUCCGGACUCAUCCGCACCCCCGGCCUCGGCCACCGGCAGGCCUCACGGGAGCGUCACAGCGAGGACCCCGAGGACGCCCGUCACAGGCCCUGAGGGGAGGCCCCCGCGGGUGCCCGCAGGUGCAGAGGGGGAGGGGGGCUUCCUCCUGCUGCGGCUCCGUGUGGCUUCCCCCAAGGACCUCACUGACCCCAGGAUGGCUGAGGGGCUGCUGCUGCAGCUGCGGCGACAUCUCCACGUGAUGGUGCCACCCGUGCACGUGUCUCUGCUGCGCGUGGGGAGCGCCUGAGGCGGGAGGAGCCGGGCCUGGACACGCGGGGCCACGCCACCCGCCGCGCCGAGCCUGAGUCCGUCCGUGUGGGGCUCCGUAUCGCCCGCCGGCCUCUGCCCUGCCUCGUGGUCACCGCCCGCUCCCUGCACCCCACCCC